AUUUUCCUUUUUAAAAGUAGGUCAUACUUUUUAACAUUUAGUAGAUGGUCUAAUGCUGGAGUGUGAAUUCAAAGAAAUGCUGAUGAAGAGAGGACUUCAUUUAAUAGCUGCAGCAGAGAACUGAGAGGAGUUUUAACAUCAUGGAGUCCAUAGUUGACCUCCUAAAUGUUUUUCACAUUAAGGCCAGUGGAUGGUCUGUGACGGUCAGCCUCUUACUCGUCUUUCUGGGUCUUCUCUACUGGUAUUCAAUUUACCCCUUUUCCGUCCUCUCUCGAUGUGGCAUCAAACAUCCAAAGCCUGUGCCUUUCUAUGGCAACCUUUUCCUGUUUCGACAGGGAUUUUUCCAGCCUAUGAAGGAUCUCAUAAAGACACACGGCAGAGUCUGUGGGUAUUAUUUGGGCCGCAGACCGGUGGUGGUGAUCGCGGACCCCGACAUGCUCAGGCAGGUGAUGGUACGAGAAUUCAGCACCUUCCCAAACAGAAUGUCUUUUCGGUUUGCCACCAAACCCAUGACGGACUGUCUGCUCAUGUUGAGGGACGAGCGCUGGAAGAGAGUUCGUAGCAUCCUGACGCCGUCAUUCAGUGCUGCUAAGAUGAAAGAGAUGGUCCCGUUGAUCAACACCGCCAUCGACGCCCUGACCAACAACUUAAAUGUCCAUGCUGAGUCCGGAGAGGCGUUUGACAUCCACAAGUGUUUCGGCUGCUUCACCAUGGAUGUUAUAGCCAGUGUGGCGUUCGCUACUCAGGUGGACUCUCAGAACAACCCAGACGACCCGUUUGUCAGCCACGCGCAGAUGUUCUUCACCUUUUCUUUCUUCCGGCCCAUCAUGAUGUUCUUCAUUGCUUUUCCGUUCAUCGCGGCUCCGCUGGCCGGACUCAUCCCCAACAAACGACGAGACAAGAUGAAUAACUUCUUCAUCAACUGCAUCCAGAGGAUCAUCGAGCAGAGAGAGGAGCAGCCUCCUGAACAGAGGCGUCGAGACUUCCUCCAGCUGAUGUUGGAUGCCCGAACAACCAAGGACAGUGUGUCUCUGGAACACUUUGACACAUUGAACCACUCGGAUGAGCUCGAUCACAGGAACCAGCGGUCGCAGGCGUCCGCUCCGGAUCAGGACGUCGGCCCGCAGGAGCCCCCCAGCAGACGCCAGCAGAGAAAGAUGAUCACUGAGGACGAGAUCGUGGGUCAGGCGUUCGUUUUCCUUCUCGCAGGAUACGAAACCAGCAGCAACACGUUGGCCUUCACCUGCUACCUCCUCGCCCUCCACCCUGAAUGUCAAAGCAGAGUGCAGGAGGAGGUGGAUGAUUUCUUCACCAGACAUGAGUCACCAGAUUACUCAAAUGUCCAGGAGCUGAAGUACUUAGACAUGGUGAUCAGUGAAGCUUUGCGCCUCUACCCUCCUGGAUUCAGGUUUGCGAGAGACAUCGACAACGACUGUGUGUUGAACGGUCAGCUUCUCCCUAAAGGAGCCACGCUGGAGAUCCCUGCUGGCUUCCUUCACUACGACCCUGAGCACUGGCCGGAGCCCGAGAAGUUCAUCCCUGAGCGGUUCACUCCGGAGGCCAAAGCCAGCCGACACCCGUUCGUCUACCUUCCGUUCGGGGCUGGUCCUCGUAACUGCGUGGGGAUGAGGCUCGCUCAGCUGGAAAUCAAAAUGGCUCUGGUGCGUCUGUUCCGCAGAUUCAACAUUGUGGCCUGCUCGGAGACCAAGGUUCCUCUGGAGCUGAAGUCGUCGAGCACACUCGGACCUAAAAACGGUAUUUUUGUGAAAAUUCAAAGAAGAGAAGCAGGAGAAGGCGGCGUGAAUUCUCCAUCAGAUAAUUAGAAACUGAUGGACUGUGGAGGACUCAGGCUGUUGUGAAUCCCCGCAGAGAGUUUCAUCAGUUAUUUUGGUGAUUAUUGAAUAAGGGAACUUGAGGAAUCAUUUGUUUGCUCUACUUCAUGCAUCUUACCUCAAAGUGUGGCAAUAUAGAUUUUAUUUUUCUGUGAUUUUUUUGAAUGGAUAUAACUCUUCAAUAUGUUUAUUAUUAAGGAUAUUUGGGGAAAUAACCCUUAAUGUUUAUCUCACUUUAACCAGGUCACCACUCUUCUUCUUUACACUGUAGAAUUAAGUUUCUUUGUUGAUUUAUUUUUUAACUUUUUUAACUUAAUGGUUUUAAAAGUCACAUAUUCUGCAAAAUCCACUCCACCAUGUUUCUCUAACACUAGUAUGUG